GGAAACCCCCAGACAGUUUCAGUGCUUUCUGCCUGUGGAAGGGAGCCUCUGGGAUGAGCAGGGCAUAUCUGGUGCCCAUGAUGGACUGAUGAGUUGGAUGCAGAGGCCUCCAUGGCUGUGAUAAGCCUGCUGUUCUUGGCUGUGAUGUAUGUUGUUCACCACCCCUUGAUGGUCAGUGACCGGAUGGACCUGGACACACUAGCCAGAAGUCGGCAGCUGGAGAAGCGAAUGAGUGAGGAGAUGCGCCAACUGGAGAUAGAGUUUGAAGAGAGGAAGCGAGCAGCUGAGCAAAAGCAGAAGGCAGAAAACUUCUGGAAAGGAGAAACGUCCAAUGACCAGUUAGUGCUGGGGAAGAAAGACAUGGGAUGGCCAUUCCAGGCUGAUGGUCAGGAAGGGCCGCUGGGCUGGAUGCUGGGAAACCUGUGGAAUGUUGGCCUCUUUUGCCUCUUUCUCCUCUUUGAGCUCCUGCGACAGAACAUGCAGCAUGAACCAGCCUUUGAUUCCAGCAGUGAUGAGGAAGAGGCGGAAGUCCGUGUUGUGCCCGUCACUUCCUGCAGCUGGCUCAUCGACUUCCCCUCACAGGAGGCCCUAGAAUCCUUUUAUGAACACUAUGUCCAAAAUACCAUCCGUGACCUUCCCAGCACCUGUGAGUUUGUGGAGAGCUUUGUGGAUGAUCUGAUGGAGGCCUGUAGGAUGCUCAGCCGCCGGGAAGCUCACUUGCAGCUGGAAGACUGCCUGGGCUUUGGAGCUGCCUUUGAGAAAUGGGGAACCCACCAGGAGACCCAGAAAUUGGAUGUGCUGGUCCCCAUAGUGCCCCCUCAGGGCUCGAUGUUUGUCCUGGAGAUGAGGGAUCCAGCCCUGGGCCGCCGCUGUGGCUGUGUGCUGCUGGAGCUGGAGUGCAUGUGCAAGUGUGAGAAGCUGCUGGGUGAUGUGUUGUGCCUGGUGCACCACAACAAGGACUACUUGGCUUCCCCACGCAAGUGUAACAGCUUCACCAAAGCAGCCCUCUGCACUGGCUCCCACCUGGAUGUGUUCAAGACCACACAGUGGUUCCGGGACCUGGUGAGCAAUGCCUGGGCCCUUGUGGCCCACAAGUAUGACUUUAAGCUCAGCCUUCCACCAUCUACCACCUCCUGCAAACUCAGGCUGGACUACCCCUCAGGCCGCUUUCUCUCAAUCAACUUGGUCCUGGGGGUGCAAAGAGAGGACACCUUGGUCUACUUGGUGAGUCAGGCCCCUGACCAGGAACAGCUCACCAGUGUGAACUGGCCUGAGUCCUUUGCAGCCUGUGAGCACUUGUUCCUGAAGCUGGUAGGGCGUUUUGCUCCGGAAAAUACCUGUCACCUCAAAUGCCUCCAGAUCAUUUUAAGUCUCCAGAACCUUCAGAACUUACCCCACGGGGCAUCUUGUCCUAUCCUCACCUCAUACCACUUCAAAACAGCCCUCAUGCAUCUGUUGCUACGGCUGCCCCUAACAGACUGGCAGCACAAUAUGCUCUCUCAGCGACUCCAAGAUAUUCUCUGGUUCUUGGGCCGUGGCCUCCAACAAAGGUCUCUCCACCAUUUCCUCAUUGGUAACGCCUUCCUGCCCCUGACCAUCCCCAUCCCUAAGACGUUUCGGAAUGCUGAGCCUGUCAAUCUCUUCCAACACCUGGUUCUAAAUCCUACAGCACAUUCACAGGCAGUGGACGAGUUCCACAACCUUCUGACCCAGGUGAAAACUCUACCGUGUGCUCCAUUAGCUGGAGCACAUUGAUGUAAAGGCUAUUAAAAGGGGGAAAACGUGUUUCUGAUUC